AUGCUACGACGAACUGUGGUGAAUGGGUUCCGGAAUGCUCCACGAGUUCGACAAAUCCAUACGAGGACCAGCGGCGGCAGAGAGGGUUUCCAGCAGUGGAGGACUACGAGGCGGUCUGCGGCCGUUAUCGCUGCGGCCGUAAUAGGCACGUCUGUCUUGUACUCGGUGAGCGCAAAGGGAAACCUGGUGCACAACGAUGUGCAGAAUGGUGACCCGCAAUGGAAACUUCACGCCGGACUGGCCGAUGGCGCCCUCGUCAAGGACCAGGAAACCCUGAGGUCACUCGUCUGGGGAUCCAAUAGGUCAAAAAUCUUGUCACCACAAAGUACAUACGACGACUCCAUUCGCGCUCCUGCAGUCGCACUUUGGUUGGAUGGCGUUGCUCUUCGCGAUCUCCAACUCCACGAACGUUACGGAGCCUGCGUUGAUGCUAGAGGCGACGUCUAUCAGUGGGGCGAUGGAUUCUUUGGUGACCUACUUGCCGGACAAGCCUCUUCAACCGGGAAACACCAUGGGCCCAAAUUGACGCUUAAGGGCAAGAAUAUCACCCAGCUGCAAUUGACAGAAGACAAGGUCUAUGCUUUGAGCGCAUCGGGACAUAUUUAUGUGCUCGCCGCUAAAGCAGAGAAACAAACAUUGGCGCCGGGGAGACCUACGCCCAGUAGUGACGGUUGGUGGGGAACAGGAUGGCUCUGGGGUGAAGACCAAACUAUUGACUUCGUGAAGUUGGAGUCGAAUGAAAAGCUGGACUGGGGAGAGAAGUACGUUUCUGUUUCCUCCUCCAUCUAUGAAGUCAUGCUCAACGCCCAUAGAUUCACGUCCCUCGCAGCAGGUAACAACCACCUCCUCGCCCUCACUUCCAAAGGCCGCACCUUUGCACAUCCAAUCAAUAAGAAAGCGAACCGCCAUGGUCAACUAGGAUUCCGUAAAUUCGCCAUCCCUGACCCGAGUGCCCAGAUCACAGGACAGGAUUCGCACCUUCACGUCGAACUCACACCCAAAUCUCUGGCUGACCCGUACGGCAAGGCUUCGCGAGCUGUGCGUGUCAAGUCAGAGGUUCCACCUUACGAAGAUGACCUCGCAAACAUCGACGAUUCCCCAAUUCGGUUCUGCCCCUUCAUUUACGAAUUGCCGGUGCUUAAAGGAGUGGACGUUGCGCAAAUUACAGCAGGUUCGAGAAGUAGCUUUGUCAGAACGACUACUGGUCGGGUGUUGGGAUGGGGCGCCAACGAGUUUGGGCAAAUUGGACUGGGAAGCAAUGUCGCUUUGGACACCAUCACUGUCCCCACUGAAGUUGUUCUGUGGCGAUUGACGCCUGGAAAUGUGAAGUCCUCCUGCAGGGCUGUUGCAGCUGGAGGAGACUUGACUGGUUUCAUUGUCGAUCGGGAUAGCGAACGAGAACCUGAAUACACGGAAUUGCUCAUGGCUGGCAACGGCCAAUACGGCGGCCUGGGAAACAACACGUUCAGCACCGCUCAGAGCAGUCCGCUGCGAGUUAAGGCGGUGUCUGGCCUUCAUCAAUACAACGACCGCACCAAACAACUCGACGCUAUCAAACCCAACGACAUUUCCAUUUCUCCCACUGGCCACGUCCUCCUCGCGCUCAACUCUUCAGCCGACUCAGGCGGGGUUGGUGGAAGCGACGUCCUCGUAUGGGGCCGCAACUUUGAUUCUGAGCUCGGAAACGGCAAAAAAUCUAGCAUCUCGUCUCCAACUAGGCUCGAAGUUCCGGUUGGUGAACGCCUGAUGUUAAUGAAGAGGAAGGCGAAGGAGGUUAAGGAUCUGCAUGGGAAGACGUGGAAGACUGGUGUGAAUGUUGAGCAGAGAGUGGCGACAGGGUACGGAAGUAGCGUGGUUUAUUGGAAGAUUUCAGCUUAA